AUGUCAAGUUUACAGGCUAUUUUAGAAUCCAUCAAUGGAUCACUAAAGACAACAUUAGAAUCAGUAUCAAAACUGGAGAACUUAUAUGGAGAAGGACAAGAGGAUAAAUCCAAUGGAUUUGAAUCCUUCUUUGACUCCAAGGACAAGGCUUCAUCAUCUUCAAAAGAAAGGGUAUCUUUACUAUCGUUGAAGAAUGGUGCCAUAUUAUCUUAUGUGCAGUCAUUGUUAAUGAUUGCCCAUGAUAAGAUGGAUCCAGAUUGUAGGGAUCCAACUGGUGAUAAGGGCCGUCAGUUAGCUAUUGAGAACCGUGUUGUGUUAGAACGUGGUGUGAAGCCUUUGGAAAAGAAAUUGUCUUAUCAGUUAGAUAAAUUAAUUAGAGCUUACAGAAGAAUGGAAAAGGAAUAUAUGGACGCAGAAAGACGUGCAACAGAGAAAUUAUCUAGAAUAGACCAUGAUGAUAGGUCUCAUAGUGACGAGGAAAACAACAGCGAUGAUAGCAAGAGUAGCAGUAGUGACAGUGAUAGUAGCGAUGAAGAAGAAGAGGAAAUGUCAUACCGUCCCAAUGUUAUUAAAAGCAAAUCAAUCCGUAAAGAUAAAGGUAGAGGACAUGAAAGUGGAGAAGAAGAAGAAAAUAAUGAGAAUAAUAAACAACCUAAAAAAGAUGGUAUCUAUAGACCACCAAAGAUUAGUGCCAUGUUACCACCAACAGCACACAUAUCCCAACAUUUUGAAGAUAAAUUUAAUGCUAAAGACCAUAAGGAUCAUAGUAAUAGAUCGCGUAUGCAAGCUAUUGAUGAAUAUUUAAGAGAUCAGUCGGAACAACCAGAUUGGGAAUCAUCUGUUGGUGCCAAUAUUGUAGAUCACGGACGUGGUGGGAUCAAGUCGUUAAGAGAUACAGAGAGAGAACGUCGUGUAACGGAGUAUGAAGAAGAAAAUUUCACACGUAUUAAUUAUCUAGGUAUGAACAAAGCAGAAAGAAAGAGGAUGAAGCAAAGAGAACAUGCAGCAAGAGCCAACAUUAUAGGUGGUGAAGACUUUGGUAUAUUUAACUCAAAGAGAAAGUUGGAGGACAGUACAUCAAGACGUGGGAAUAAAAGAUCUAAAACAGCUUGGGAAAGAGCUAAAAAAAGAUUGUAA